UAUAUUAAGGAAAAAUAUCAUAAGUCCGUACAAGCAGAUAUCCGGUAAGCUGGAUUGAGACACCGUUAAUAAUUGAGAGAUCGUCGAUUCAUCGGUGUUUAACUUGACUUGAUAAGUACUCACACCAAUGGCCAAAAUAAGAAGGGAGAAAAGUAGGGUAUAAAUAAAAACUCGAAUGCUAAGGACGUCGAACGUAAAUUCCCUGCCCACAAUAACUUUUCCAAUGGAGUGUCGCUUUUUUUGCGCUCUUCCUCCGAACAGGCAAAUUCAAGUCGGGAUAAUUGUAGUAUGGUUGGAUUUCAUCGCCUGCAUUAAGUCGAGAAUAAUACCCCCAGAUAAGAGGAAAAAGGUUGCGCAAGCGUGUGAUAAGUGUAAAAGAAGGAAGCAGAAGUGUAAUGGAUUACAACCGUGUAACGUGUGUCAUGCAAAAGGGUUUACAUGCGAAUAUACCGCUAUCGAUAAACGAAUUUUAAAAUCUUCAAAGAAGAACAGUUUGGGUCCUGAGUCAUUCACUGAAUCAUCUGGAGGCACGCCAAUCGAUAACUCGAGUGUGUUGUCAGAAACACCUGGUACUGUGUCCGAAGAUAGACAAGAACCAGGACAACAGCAGCAACGAGAUCACUUGUCUACUAUAGACUCAAAUCCUUUUAUCAACACAAAAGAUGCUGCACGGAUCCCUUCGUCUUUACAGCCUCUUUUGAGCUUCCCCUUGAAUAUCACAGAGGGACAUGAUGAUGCAAUUGUUUCAUUGGGAUCUGACCAAAAUUGGAGACUGUUGUUUGACGAUGGUGGAAAUUUAAGAUUCUUAGGUGAAAGUUGUGGAAUAUCCUACCUCUUACAAUGCAGAAAACUGUUUAGUAAAGUCCUGGGUCAUCAAUCAUUCUCCGAUGAUCCUGAGAGACUGAGGUACAACGACCGUACUGCCAUUGUGCUUAACGGUACCAAGGUCCCACUACCAUCAAGGGAAUAUACAGAUUACCUUGUACGAACUUUUAUGAACAAUUUGAACAAUGUCCUAUACAUAGUUGAUUACUCUGCAAUUCCGAAAUUCGUUGAUGACAUUUACCGCUCACGCAAUAAGGAACAUGACAAGUGUAUCCUUAUGCUAAUAUUGGCUAUAGGUUCCAUCUUUGCCAAAGCUGAACUCCUGACGAACGUUUUCCCCUUCCCCAAGAGUCAAUACAUUGAACACGUUGAGUUUUUCCAGUCGGCUAACACCAUUCUGAAUAGUGUCUUGGAAGAUGGAGAUUUAUGGCUUGUGGAAACUCAUUUGUUGAUAUUUUUCUAUUACCAUUUUGCUGGGUUUAAACAUUUGGCAUGGGUCAAACUAGGGAAUGCAAUCAGACAUGCUCAGGGCUUAGGGCUUCAAAGAAAAUAUGUAAACGAAUCCUUCAAAAGCUCAGCUGUUGUUCUUCACAGAAGACGUUUAUUUAUAAGUCUUUUCAUCAUGGAUACUCUUUCAGCAGUUCAUUUGGGACGUUCGAUGACUCUAAGAGAAAAUGAGUGGGAUGACAUGCAAUCUUUACAGUCGAUUGAUGACUUCUCUCAAAAGCUACUACAAGUCUGUCUUCUCAAUAGUGAAGUGUUGAGAAACAUCUACUUUAAUCCCUCGGUGACCAUAAAGAGUGCCCUCAAAUUAGCUGUUCAGUUGAAGCUAUAUGCAUUACGAAAUCCUGUGAAACCAAUGUCUUUGGAAGUAUCAUCGGCACCUGUUGAUCAUAAAUUCUUGUUGCCAUAUGUUAUUUAUCUCCACAGUAUUGUGCUUUUGUCAAGGCCAUUUUUCCACUUUGUCAUUCUAAACAAACUUGGCCUUGUAAACUAUACUCCAGAUCCAACACGGAUCUCACACCUGAAAAGCUUUUAUCAAAGCUGUAUUAAGGCAUCGUUGCUUGUCAUUAAGACAGUGGAAUACUGUUACUAUCAAAACAUUCAUCCUUUCAAACCCAUGAGUCUUGUGUCCUGCACAUUCCAUGCAGGCUUGGUUUUGGGCCUCCUAUUGCUGUUGAAACUUCGUGGCAUUGACGAUGAGAUGUUUGCAGAUGACCCUAGUAUCGUUGUUGAUAAAGACGCGAUGAUAUUAAACGCAAUGUCAUCCAUUAUCAAAGUAUUAGACCAUUGUGGUAAGUUGGAUCCGCAAUCUAAGAGAUACUCUGUCAUAUUACAAAGCAUGCUGAAUGCUACAGAAGUUAAGAAACCAGACAUUGCUGGAAUGACUAACAGCAACAGCAAUGGCCAAUUUCUCGACGAUUUGCUAUACAAUGUUCUUGAUAAUGGUAAUACUGACCGACAACAAAGUUCCAAUCAUUAACGUUCUUCUUGAUCUAUAAUGUAAUCUAUAAUAUAAUGCUCCGG